CAUUUAACAAACUUUAACUGAUUGCUGCUUUAGAAAAAAAUUGCCACAUAUAUUCUCUCUGUUUGUUAUAAAUAGGAUAGGGAGUCUUAACAUUUUUAUUGUAAAGAAAGAUAUAAUUAUCAUGGAGGCACUUGAAGUACCUGAACACGAGCAUCCACUAACACUCGUUGAUUUGCAGCUACAAUAUGAAGAAGAAGAAGAUGAUGAUGAUGCUGAUGGUGAAGGUGGUGAUCCAGUAAAGAAAGAGGGCUUUUCUGAAGUUGCAUGUGGCAGGUGUGACCAAGUAAUCAACAUGUACCACAGGCACUACUACAAAUGUAUGAAAGGAGGUCCUUCAUGUGAUAAGGUCUCGCUUCACAAAUUCUGUGGUGAGCUGUCGACAAGUUUGGAGAGCACAUUUCACCCACAUCCUCUUACCAUGUUUAUAUUUCCUUCUAAUUGGUCAUGUCGUAUUUGUCAGAGUAAGCACCAGCCAGAUGAAAUGUGUUACUGUUGCUUUGAAUGUCGUUUCUUCAUUGAUUUAAAGUGUGCUGUGGAAGUAGGAAAAAAGAUCAUUCAUCAUCCGUGCCACCCACACUCGCUAAUUUGUGCCAUCUCUCAACCUAUUUUGUGCAACUGCAAGGCUUGUGGGAGAGAACAUAAAGGGGUCUUCUUUCAAUGUACCAUUUGUGAUGGCUUCACCAUACACAGUGAAUGUGCUUUCCUACCAAAAUCUUUGCUAAUCCAACACACCACGGAUGAUGCUUUUUUUCAUACCCAUCCACUCACCAUUUCAUAUUCCUUCCCUACAGAAGAUCAAAAGGCUAAACAUUAUCCUAGAUGCAGAGUAUGUGGUGGUGAUUUCAGUAUAGAGAAUCUUUGGAUUUACAAAUGCGAUAAAUGUAUGUACUAUGCUCAUUUGAAUUGUGCAACAUCAAGAAGGGAGCCUUUCAUGUCCAUCUUCUUGCCUGCUGGCUCUGGCAGAACACACAAAAACUAUAAAGAUAUUGACUAUCCCCGUCUUGUUCAUCUUCCAUUCCCUGAUGAAACAUACAGCAUACCAAAACACUUGUUCUUCCAAGAAACCAGAACAAGUUAUGAGGUAAACCUAAAACACAUGAGUCAUCCACACCCUCUAAUUCUAGUUGAUCAUGCGCAAACCUCCUCUUUGUUACCGGUAGUGUGUCAUGACCCAAUGAAAAAGACCCAACUGUUGUGCACUGGAUGUCUCAGACCAAUAAUGGAAACCAUGUCAUUUUACAAGUGUGCUCAGCAUUGCAACUUCGCUCUGCAUGAAUGGUGCACUCGACUACCCCCAAAAAUAAAAAACCACCCCGGUCACCCAAAACAUACACUUCUUCUCAUGUACUCAAAUGCUCUUCCUUUCUUUUUCGGUGUGUUUUAUUGUGAGGUUUGUCGUCUUCCUUGCAAUGGAUUUGCAUAUUGUUGUGUCGAAUGCGGAUUCUAUGUUGAUGUUACCUGUGGGUUUAUACCUAAAGAAAUCACACAUCAAGCUCACCCAAAUCACCUUCUUUCAAUAGUUCAAGGAAAAAUUACGGAUACUUGCCAUAUGUGUUUCAGAUAUUAUGCUGGAGGUCCACUUUCAUUUCGUUGCAACACAUGCCAUAUUUUUAUACAUCCUGAAUGCGCUUUGUUAUUAGCCGAGACAAUCAGACACAAGUAUGACAAGAAGCAUCCCAUGAACCUAAGCUACCUCCCGAUUGAGAACCAUAAGAGUGAAUACUUUUGUGAAAUUUGUGAGGAGGAUUUGAAUCCUCAUGACGCUUUCUAUCAUUGUCAAGAUUGUGCUCAGUCUAUACAUACUGCUUGUGCUCCAUUAAUACUUGAGUGUGAGACAGAAACCUAUUCCGACUAUCAACGAGGUAUUUAUGGUUUCGUGAAUAUAAAGUUUGGAGAAAUUCAUAACACUAAUAGCCACCAACACCCUCUCUUAUUUGCUCAAGGCCGUAAGUCAGAUGGACAGUGUGAAAUAUGCCUUUACACAUUACAGUUCAAAAUGAUCUUUAAAUGUAUCGAGUGCAAGUUUGCAAUUCAUUACAGCUGUUGUGUGCGACACAACACGAUAUGAAGUAUUUAGGGGUUGUUUGAUAUGCCUCUUGCUCUUAGCAGGCCUGGCCAGGAUUAGAUCCUGACUGUUUGAUACCAUUAUUAGAAGCCUCUGCUUUGGUCAUAUAGCUUCUGAUAUGACUCUUAUAUCACCUUUUACUGGGCUGAUAAGAUGAUAAGAGGUUGAUUAUGAUUAAAUCGAACAUUGACUCCCUUAAUCAACAACUAUCAAACAACCUCUUAUGGUAUCUUCCAUAUGCUUAAAACCACAGUAAGAUUUGUUAUUGUUGCUACACUUUGUUGUAUUUCCCCUCUUUUAUGUUGUGUAAAAUGGUACAAUAAAUUUUUAAUAUCAACAUAUGUUUGCUAAA